GCAGGCAGUUACACUCUAGGUCACCCGCCACGGGAGGGAUUAGGGUUUGUCCCUCGUGGUCCAGGGUCUCUACACCGCAAGACUUGCGCAUCUAUCCGAGGUAUGUGGUCGCCGCCGCCGCCGCCGCCGCCGCUGCGGCCGGUAGACGCAGAGAGAAAUAGCAGGAGUGUUGAAGGGUGGGUUCGUCCUGGGGAGAUGCAAAAGAGCAACAGGAUGGCUCGACCCCAAGAUAGUUUAAUCGAUGAAGGAGGAGACGUAGCAGUUGAAGAAGGAGAAGGGGACAUAGCAGUUGAAGAAGAGGAAGAAGCGUUCAACUUUGAUGAGAUACAUGAGAUGGGAGGUCUUCAUCUGGUCGGAGGUGUAGAUUUCAUUAACCAGCGAACUGCGUUGUUCUGCGACCUUCCUUUGCGCCGGAUUCUCAACUCUGAUGAGCGCUUUCAAGCUUAUUUGCAAUUUCUUGAAGAAGCAUCGCAAAUCGCUGCAACUGAACUGGUUUCUUCAUAUAAUUCACCUGUUGAUUUGAUUCGCUUCACUGAUGCGGACAGAAAAAGAUUUUUUUCCGAUUGUUUUGACUACAUAAUGAUGUGCCGUGAUCGUUCUAACAUUGCCGAUGAUAAAAGUAAUGGCUGCAGGGUUGAUAACAUUUCAAAAAAAUUUCACCUGACUGAGGGUGACAUCCAGUGCCACAAGAAUAACAAAAAGGAGGUUUUACAGACAUUUGUUCAGACUCGGAGACAUUUUGCGUACCGAAAAGGACUUCUAAAGCUUGACUUUAUUCAGUCGAACAGUGAUCCUGCAUAUGUUCUAGAAAGGCUUAAAUCUUCAAACAUAUGGUCCGAGUUGGGACAUCAUGAGCGAAGACUUGGUUUGGAGAGCCAUAUGAACCUUUUGAAGGAACUUGAAAAGACUAAAAGCAGUAGUCUAUCUGAGUAUGAAAAUCUAGGUUUAGAGAAGAUCAAUUUGGAGCUGGGUUCAGAACUACAGAAACAUCUAGAUGACUCUGACUGGAGGCUUAUGCAUCAAUACUGCAUCCGUAAGAAAUUGAUGAACCUUUCAAGAGAAUGUGCUAUUCAAGCAGAAGCUACUGGAUAUAUUCUUUGUGAAGAGGCUCUACCUGUGCCUUCGAUGGAACAGAUAGCUGCUAAUACAGAAGUUAAGAGGAUCAAGCAAACAGUGAAGCAGCCAGUCGAGGGUUACCUAGCUAAGAGGUUGCCUUACAUGAAGCAAACACUGAAGCAGUCACUGGGGGGUUUCCUGCGUCGAAUAAAUGAGAAGUUUCGAAGUGGUCAUGCACGUGUUAAUGCGUGGCGGGGAUUGGCUUUGGCAGCUACAGUUGCAACUCUCGCAUCAGCCGGCAUUUCAAAUAAGCGCUAGAGCUGAAAGCUUCACAGUUGACGUGCAGGUGGCAUGUGCAAAAUAUAUGUAUGCAGUACACAUAACUUAUGGUUCGCUAGCAUGCUGAAUUAGUGAUAUUUAGUGAUAGAGGUAUGCUGUUCUUGUGUGUGUGCGUGUCUAUUUGUUCAACGACUUGUAUAAUGCCUGGCUUUAAUCGGAUGGUUCUCUAUAACAUAAUAGAUGGAAGCAAUCAAAGCUUUCAUGCAUGUAA